CUUGUUGCUGCGCUGGGGCCGGGGCUUGCGGAGCCUGCGCUGCGGCCCGCGGCCUGCCCCGUGGGGGCCUGGGGAAGACGGCUGAGACGCGGGGUCCCCUUCCUGUUCCUUCUCGCCCGGCUCCGGGCCCUCUGGACGAGCCUCGCCGGUCAGUGAUGUUUAGUGAGUUGAGCUACGCUCCUUCACAAAGUUCCCGCGGCAGCCAUUCCCACCCCAGCAGCCAUAGACCAGCCUCUCCCUACCCAUUUUGGGAUUCAUCGUUGCUCUUUCUCACAUUUUCCUCUCCAAGCAAGCUGUUGGUAGUGGGUGAGCGGUGGAAAAGGAUAAUUGGCUUUAUGUGGUGGACGCCUGGGGUCUGAGCACUGUUGGACUAGCUUGGAACCUGCAUUUUUAACCAUCAUUCCACACUGUACCCCAUCAUAAGAUCCAGUUCUUUAAGAAGCAAAAGUGGAGAAUCGGGAAAUAUUACCAGUGAUACUAGCAAUUUUUUUCCCAAUCAGGUGAUUUGUAAAUAUUUAAAUCAUACUAUGGGAUUGCUAGACCGACUUUCAGGCUUCCUUGGCCUAAGGAAAAAGGAGGUUCAUGUCUUAUGCCUUGGGCUGGAUAACAGUGGCAAAACGACAAUCAUUAACAAGCUGAAACCUUCAAAUGCUCAAUCUCAAGAUAUAGUUCCAACAAUAGGAUUCAGCAUAGAGAAGUUCAAAUCAUCCAGUUUGUCUUUUACAGUGUUUGACAUGUCAGGCCAAGGAAGAUACAGAAAUCUCUGGGAGCACUAUUACAAAGAUGGACAAGCCAUUAUUUUUGUUAUUGAUAGUAGUGACAAAUUGCGAAUGGUUGUGGCUAAAGAGGAGUUGGACACUCUUCUGAACCAUCCAGAUAUCAAACACCGUCGGAUUCCAAUCUUAUUCUUUGCAAACAAGAUGGAUCUUAGAGAUGCAGUGACCUCUGUAAAAGUGUCUCAGUUGCUGUGCCUAGAGAAUAUCAAAGACAAACCAUGGCAUAUUUGUGCUAGUGAUGCCAUCAAAGGAGAGGGGCUGCAGGAAGGCGUGGACUGGCUUCAAGAUCAAAUCCAGGCUGUGAAGACAUGAAAAGAUAGUCUGGAAACUCAGCAGUUUUGAACUCAAGGAAUAUAUCUAAGGCAUACUGAGGAAUUUAUUUUUUUAAAAAAUGUAUGUGCAGCCAAGAAUAUUGUUUCUUAGCCAAGAAUAUUUUAUUAUAUUCUGCUUGCUUUUAUGGAUGCUGAAUGAGCUUUUUAAGAAUGUAGGGCUUCUGGUAUGUUAAUCUGGCCAUUAAUUAUAUGAAAAUUAAAUUUUUCCCUUAAGAGAACUCCCUAGAAUUACCAACUUCUUAUAAAGGUCUACAUUUUAUUCUAAUUAGAAUGUAUAAAUAUCAGUUAUACACCAUCACAAUAUCCUAUCAUGAUGUAAGAUAUUUUUAAUGUAGUUUUAUUUUAAUUGUCUUUUUAAAGCUUAAUUUAUCAUAUAAUUGUAAUGUCCCCAGGGCUUGUGAAACAGAACAAAAUAUUUAUAAGGGACCACAGGUAGUUAAUAUAUUUUCUUUUUUUAUUGUGUCAUUAUCAAUAAAACCAAAAAACAAAAUCUAA